GGCUGCCAGCCGCCCCCGCAACCUUCACUGUUCCACCAGGGAACUGGGGGCGCGGCCCGGGCUGGCCAGGUCCCGCCCUCCUCGGGAUUUAAUCAGGGCAACCUGGGCGGCUCCGCAGCUGCCGCUUCCGCCUUCUCCAGGUGAGAUCCAGAGAAACCCAGGCACUCGGGCUGAAGCUGGCCAGCGGAGCCGUCGUCGCCCGGGGGGUUCCUUCUAGAGACAUGCUCCCAGAGGCAGGCUCCCUGUGGCUGCUGCAGCUGCUCCGUGACACCCAGCUGGCUCAGUUUUACCGGCCCAUCCUUGAAGAGCUAAAUGUCACUCGGCCAGAGCACUUCAACUUUGUAACGCCUGAGGACCUGGAUAGCAUCGGCAUGGGCCGACCUGCCCAGCGCAGACUGGCUGAAGCUCUGAAGAGGCACCGUUCUGGGCUCAAGUCUAAGAACUGGGUCUACAAGAUCCUUGGUGGUCUUACCCAUGAGCAGAAAGAGACCCCUCCACCAGUAGAGAGCCCCCGAUGCUUCCCUGAGUCAGAGGCUGGACUCAAGUGUCUGAUCCCAGAGAGUGCUGUGCGCAGAGGGGAGCUGCUGGGCUCAGGCUGCUUUGGUGUGGUGCACCGAGGGCUGUGGACGCUGCCCAGCGGCCAGAGUGUCCCAGUGGCUGUGAAGUCUCUCCGGGUAGGUCCCGAAGGCCCCGUGGGCACAGAGCUGGGGGACUUCCUGCGAGAGGUGUCUGUCAUGAUGAACUUGGAGCACCCUCAUGUGCUGCGUCUGCACGGCCUGGUCCUGGGCCAGCCUCUGCAGAUGGUGAUGGAGCUGGCACCACUGGGCUCCCUGCACGCGCGCCUGACCGCCCCGGCUCCGGCACCCCCGCUGCCCGUGACCCUGCUCUGCCUCUUCCUGCGGCAGCGGGGGCACUUCGGGGUGGUGCGGCCGCUGAGUGGCGCCCGGGGUCGCUACAUCAUGGGCGGACCCCGCCCCAUCCCCUAUGCCUGGUGUGCCCCAGAGAGCCUACGCCUGGGAGCAUUCUCCUCUGCCUCGGACGUGUGGAUGUUUGGGGUGACGCUGUGGGAGAUGUUCUCCGGGGGUGAGGAGCCCUGGGCUGGGGUCCCUGCCUACCUCAUCCUGCAGCGGCUGGAGAAGGACAGAGCCCGGUUGCCCAGGCCGCCCCUCUGCUCCAAGGCCCUCUAUGCCCUCGCCUUGCGCUGCUGGGCCCCCCACCCUGCCGACCGACCUAGCUUUUCCUACCUGGAGGAGCUACUUCAAGAGGCCUGGCCUUCUGAGGGACGCUGUGUAAGGGAUGUCACAGAGCCAGGUGCCCUUAGAAUGGAGCCUGGAGACCCCAUCACUGUCAUCGAGGGCAGCCCUGACUCCACAACCUGGAAGGGCCAGAAUGGCCGCACCUUCAAAGUGGGGAGCUUCCCAGCCUCAGCAGUGACACUGGCAGACUCAGGGGGCUCACCGGCUACUUGUCCAGGCCACAGAGGCUCCCCUGCACGGGGAGAACGGCACCGGGGAAGCAUAGACGGGGACAGGGAGAAGGUAAAGCCUCGGGACCUCCCCCCAGCCCGGGGCCUGAGAAGGAAUGCACCCCUACAGAAGACAAAAGGCAUUUCCAAGAGUCUGGAGUCAGUUCUGUCCAUGGGCCCUCGCCCCACAGGGGGUGGUUCGAGCCCCCCUGAACUUCGACAUGCCAGAGCUAUGCUUCAGGGACGGCCAGGCCUGCCUCCACGCCCGCCUUUGGUCUCCAGCUCGUCUUCUCACCUCAGCCAGCUUCCCAGGGAGCGCCCUUCCUGGCCCAAAAGAGAACCCCUACACAGUCACUCCAUGGGAGUACCUGGAGCCAGUAAAGCCGCAGUCCCCUCUGGAGGCCUCUUGCCCAACCCUGAAUUGCAGAGGAAGAUUAUGGAGGUGGAGCUGAGUGUGCACGGAGUCACCCAUCAGGAGUGCCAGGCGGCACUAAGAGCCACUGGGGGUGAUGUAGUUUCUGCCAUCCGGAACCUCAAGGAAGACCAGCUCUUCCACCUGAGCAGCCGGUCCAGAGCUGACUGCCAACGCAUCCUGGAGCAUUACCAGUGGGACCUCUCAGCUGCCAGCCGCUAUGUCCUGGCUCGGCCCUGAGCUCUGCUUCCUUGGGCAUGGACGCCAACAUGGAAAGCCCGGGCAUCUCAGGACCGCUCAUGUGGGAUCAAGCAGAACCCAGCAAGCUCCUGACAGAGGCAGACUUUCCCAUCUGGGGAGAUCCCACCCUCUGUCAGCAGGUACAGGAGGAAGGAGGCCAGGGGCGGGCACUGGUGAGUGUCUCCUCCCUACUCUGCCCCUUGACCUGAGGGUGCAAACUCGGUCAGCUGGGCCACGAGGAGUCCGAUUCACUCUGCCCACCACAUUGCCAAGUGAGAGGAGGUGGAGGAGAAGAGCUGCCAAGCAUCAUAGCCAGAAGCGUCUACUCACUACAGAGAAUGACCAAGUGGCCGUACUGGACCAUGGGGAAGCCGUGCUGGCCCACCAUCAGCUCCCACACUGGGUUCUGGACAGCCAUCUUGGACGAUGGACUCAGCCACGUUGACUCAGGGCACAUGGCGCAGACUGCCUUGGCUUCGUCCAGGGACGUCGUGGGUAUUGACAUUUGCCUUUGGACUCCAGGACAGUGGGUCCUGGUAGUACGGACUGUGAGAUGGGCCAGCCCCUGUCCAUCUGUCGUAUUUCCCUUUGUCAAACAUCAACUCUUUGUUUCCACCCUUCCCCGUUACAUACAUGUCCCAAUGUCCAAAA